CUCCCAAGUCCCAUAUUUCAACCUCCCGCGUUCACGAAUGAGCGGAGUAUAGGCGACGAGUGGGCAUGUCCCAUUCCAGCUCCCUCCACCACUUCCUCCGCCACGUUUCCAUCCCCCCAGACCCGCACCUCCUCCCCACCGCGUUCAAGUCAUGCCCGACGCUGCCUCUCGCCCGCGCUCUCCACGCCGCCGCCGAGGUCACCGGCCUCGUGCGGGACCCCUUCGUCGCCUCCUCGCUCCUGCACGCCUACCUCCGCCUCGGCGCCACGGUCGACGCCCGCGCCGUGUUCGACGGAAUGCCGCCCCCGCAGAGGACCGUCGUCGGUUGGAGCGCGCUGGUCGCGGCGCACGCGGCGCGCGGGGACGCCGGAGGCGCCUGGCGCCUGCUCGAGGAGAUGCGGCGGGACGGCGGCGUGGAGCCGAACGUCAUCACCUGGAACGGGCUCGUGUCUGGGCUCAACCGCAGCGGGCGUGCCCGGGACGCGGUCGUGGCGCUGGUGAGGAUGCACGGGGAAGGGCUCCUCCGUCCUGACGCCACGGGCGUCUCGUGCGCUCUCUCCGCCGUUGGGGACGUCGGUUUGGUUUCGGUAGGCGAACAGCUGCACGGGUACGCAGUGAAGGCAGGCUGCAGGCUGGAUGCCUGUGUGGUCACCGCCCUCAUCGAUAUGUAUGGGAAGUGCGGGCGGGCUGCGGAGAUUGUUCAGGUGUUUGAUGAGUCAAGCCACAUGGAUGUUGCUUCUUGCAAUGCCCUCAUCGCGGGGCUAUCUCGGAACACGCAAGUCUCUGAGGCACUAAGGUUGUUCAGGGAGUUUGUUGGCCGGGGACUCGAGCUGAAUGUCGUGUCCUGGACCUCGAUUGUUGCUUGUUGUGUCCAGAAUGGUAAGGAUUUGGAAGCUGUGGAACUUUUCAGGGAGAUGCAGGCACAAGGGAUCGAACCAAACUCUGUCACGAUCCCUUGUGUGCUGCCAGCGUUUGCCAAUGUUGCAGCUCUGACGCAUGGGAGGUCAGCGCACAGUUUUGCUCUCAGGAAAGGUUUUCUCCAUGAUGUUUAUGUGAGCAGUGCGUUGGUGGACAUGUAUGCAAAGUGCGGCAGGGUUAAGGAUGCGAGAACAAUAUUUGACGCAAUGCCAUCUCGGAAUGUGGUGUCAUGGAAUGCGAUGAUCGGUGGCUAUGCUAUGCAUGGAGAGGCCGUGAAUGCAGUUCGGUUGUUUCACUCAAUGCUGCUGUGCAAACAGAAGCCUGACAUGGUCACCUUCACCUGCGUGCUUGCUGCUUGCACCCAAGCUGGACUGACAGAGGAAGGGCGUCACUAUUUCAAAAAAAUGCAUGCUGAAUAUGGUGUUUCUCCGAGGAUGGAACAUUAUGCAUGUAUGGUUACUCUUGUAGGACGUGCUGGCAAGCUUGAUGAGGCAUAUGAUCUCAUAAGUGAUAUGCCAUUUGAGCCAGAUGGCUGUAUUUGGGGUUCGUUAUUAGGCUCUUGCCGGGUUCAUGGCAAUGUGGAUCUGGCUGAGGUUGCAGCAGAAAAGCUCUUUCAUCUAGAGCCAGAAAAUGCUGGUAAUUAUGUCCUGCUUUCUAACAUUUAUGCUUCUAAGAAAAUGUGGGAUGGAGUUAAUAGGGUCAGAGAGAUGAUGAAGGAUGUAGGCUUGAAGAAGGAAAAGGGCUGUAGCUGGAUCGAGAUCAAGAACAAGGUCCAUAUGUUGUUGGCUGGUGAUGAUUCACACCCUAUGAUGACUGCGAUAAUUGAGAAACUAAAGCAGCUUAAUAUUCAGAUGAGGAAGCUGGGCUUUGUACCAAGCACAGAUUUUGUGCUACAUGAUGUGGAGGAACAAGAGAAAGAUGAUAUCCUUGCUGUUCACAGUGAGAAGCUAGCUGUCGCUUUGGGACUCAUAAGCACUAGCCCAGGAACAACCCUUCGGGUGAUAAAGAACCUCCGAAUUUGUGGAGACUGCCAUGAGGCAAUGAAAUUUAUAUCAUCCUUUGAGGGGAGGGAGAUAUCUGUUAGAGAUACCAACAGGUUCCAUCACUUUAGGGGUGGAAAAUGUUCCUGUGGGGAUUAUUGGUGACUCUGCUUUCCUGCAAUACUAUUUGCACAACAACUUGAUGAUGAUGGCGAUGGAACAUAGCAUUCAUUUCUGGAUUUUUUUCCAUAAGCUCUCCUGCAUUUUUCGAGAAAAAAAAGGAUUCUUCUACUUCCUCAGCUUGUGGACUGAGGAAUUUUGCUCAAGUAUGUUUGAAGGGGAUUGUAUAAUUGGAGGCAUUGGUUCUAUAAGGGCUGAGGGAAUAGAUUUUUGGCCGGUUCAAAUUUUGAGAUUCAGUGAAAGGAGCAAACAGGAGGUCCAUCACCGUGAAUAUCCUUAGCCUGUGUGAUGUAAAUAUAUCCAAAGAAAACUAAAAUACUUCAGGAAUCAAGAGCAUUUGACAUAACAAGAACACUAACAUGCUUUUUUUAAAAUCUAUUUCUUAUUUUAAAUAGAACAUUGGAAUUAGAAAUGAAUUUACUAUUUAUGCCGUUGGCUUUAACAGUGACCAUGAUUUAGGUGCUGAGUAAGGCACACUAUUGCUAGAAGAUACAGAACCAUUUAUCAAUAUCCAGAUUGAGGUGUUGAUAAGAAUGUCUGAAUAUUUUUAGCUAUUGUUGUUUUUAUUUCUAUAGAAAUGAAGUGUAUGUUUACGUGUCUCUAAAAACAGACUGAAUAAUGUAUGUCUGGAGUGAGUUUGCUGUCAAUAGUAAUGCAUUUUUUAUUUUUUUAAAUGAUCUUUUGACAAACUGUGGACUGAGUGCAUUAGCUAAGAAUAAGAUUACUGAUGCAGUAAUGCAUCUGGAUAUGAUUGUGGUGAUCUCUUAGUGGUGGAUUUUGAUUGCUGCCAUACUGCUUUCUGGUCCAUUUUAUUCAGUCACUCUUCUGAUUUUGAUAUGUGUGCAGGUCUUAAUGAUGGUAGCUUGGAACACUUGAACUUACUGACAGAUGCAACAUUACUUGUGUAAUAGGAUUGAAUUAGAAGACUUUCUCUGUGGUCUAUCUGCAGAAUAGAAAUUCAUGUUCUGUCUUCUCUGCCAAUAUACAUUUUUACUGCUGCAAGACAAUUUGGAGGGAGACUGAAAGUGAACUUAGAGUAUGUAGGCCAAGUCAAUAGUAGCUGGGUACUUCCCGAGGCUUAAAUUGGUUCCAACAAUGCCGUGCUUCUGAAGAUUUUUGAGAAAACUGGAUUGGAAUGGACUAACCUGAGUUAUGUGGCAGAUUUAAAAAGUUUCAACUACAUAUGAAUGUUGCGAUCUGUUUGCUUCCAAUUUUAAUUGUUGUUA